GGAAGCGUGGAGGACUUCAAGCGACGUCGCGCCACCGAGAUCAAACAUGGUCGCAUUUCGAUGUUGGCCACCAUGGGAUACAUCACCCCAGAGAUCACUGGCAAAUUCCCUGGCUACUUAUCUCCAUCCGCCGGUUUGAAGUUUGCCGAUGUGCCUAAUGGUUUGGCUGCCAUCUCAAAGGUCCCAGCCGCAGGAUGGGCUCAGAUCUUGGCCUACAUGGCUUUCUGCGAGGUCUCACAGGAACAGACCCCAGGAAGUGCUGCGUAUGCUGGGGACUUUGGAUUCAAGGUGUUGACUGCUUCUGACCCGGCUGAGAAAACCAAAAAACUUAAUGCCGAAAUCGCUAACGGAAGACUUGCGAUGAUGGCCAUCAUCGGCAUGUUUUUCCAGGAUGGUCUGACCGGAAGCGCCUGGGGAGACUGGGCCAACUACACAGCAUCUCCUUUGCGCGCAUUCGAGAAUGAACUCGGCGUGCAGGCGCCCGUGGGUUUCUGGGAUCCCGCCGGCUUUACCGCCGACGGAAGCGUGGAGGACUUCAAGCGACGCCGCGCCACCGAGAUCAAACAUGGUCGCAUUUCGAUGUUGGCCACCAUGGGAUACAUCACCCCAGAGAUCACUGGCAAAUUUCCUGGCUACUUAUCUCCAUCCGCCGGUUUGAAGUUCGCCGAUGUGCCUAAUGGUUUGGCUGCCAUCUCAAAGGUCCCAGCCGCAGGAUGGGCUCAGAUCUUGGCCUACAUGGCUUUCUGCGAGGUCUCCCAGGAACAGACCCCAGGAAGUGCUGCGUAUGCUGGAGACUUUGGAUUCAAGGUGUUGACUGCUUCUGACCCGGCUGAGAAAACCAAAAAGCUUAAUGCCGAAAUCGCUAACGGAAGACUUGCGAUGAUGGCCAUCAUCGGCAUGUUUUUCCAGGAUGGUCUGACCGGAAGCGCCUGGGGAGACUGGGCCAACUACACAGCAUCUCCUUUGCGCGCAUUCGAGAAUGAACUCGGCGUGCAGGCACCCGUGGGUUUCUGGGAUCCCGCCGGAUUUACCGCCGACGGAAGCGUGGAGGACUUCAAGCGACGUCGCGCCACCGAGAUCAAACAUGGUCGCAUUUCGAUGUUGGCCACCAUGGGAUACAUCACCCCAGAGAUCACUGGCAAAUUUCCUGGCUACUUAUCUCCAUCCGCCGGUUUGAAGUUCGCCGAUGUGCCUAAUGGUUUGGCUGCCAUCUCAAAGGUCCCAGCCGCAGGAUGGGCUCAGAUCUUGGCCUACAUGGCUUUCUGCGAGGUCUCCCAGGAACAGACCCCAGGAAGUGCUGCGUAUGCUGGAGACUUUGGAUUCAAGGUGUUGACUGCUUCUGACCCGGCUGAGAAAACCAAAAAACUUAAUGCCGAAAUCGCUAACGGAAGACUUGCGAUGAUGGCCAUCAUCGGCAUGUUUUUCCAGGAUGGUCUGACCGGAAGCGCCUGGGGAGACUGGGCCAACUACACAGCAUCUCCUUUGCGCGCAUUCGAGAAUGAACUCGGCGUGCAGGCGCCCGUAGGUUUCUGGGAUCCCGCCGGAUUUACCGCCGACGGAAGCGUGGAGGACUUCAAGCGACGUCGCGCCACCGAGAUCAAGCAUGGUCGCAUUUCGAUGUUGGCCACCAUGGGAUACAUCACUCCAGAGAUCACUGGCAAAUUCCCUGGCUACUUAUCUCCAUCCGCCGGUUUGAAGUUCGCCGAUGUGCCUAAUGGUUUGGCUGCCAUCUCAAAGGUCCCAGCCGCAGGAUGGGGUCAGAUCUUGGCCUACAUGGCUUUCUGCGAGGUCUCCCAGGAACAGACCCCAGGAAGUGCUGCGUAUGCUGGAGACUUUGGAUUCAAGGUGUUGACCUCUUCUGACCCGGCUGAGAAAACCAAAAAGCUUAAUGCCGAAAUCGCUAAUGGAAGACUUGCGAUGAUGGCCAUCAUCGGCAUGUUUUUCCAGGAUGGUCUGACCGGAAGCGCCUGGGGAGACUGGGCCAACUACACGGCAUCUCCUUUGCGCGCAUUCGAGAAUGAACUCGGUGUGCAGGCGCCCGUGGGCUUCUGGGAUCCCGCCGGAUUUACCGCCGACGGAAGCGUGGAGGACUUCAAGCGACGUCGCGCCACCGAGAUCAAGCAUGGUCGCAUUUCGAUGUUGGCCACCAUGGGAUACAUCACUCCAGAGAUCACUGGCAAAUUCCCUGGCUACUUAUCUCCAUCCGCCGGUUUGAAGUUCGCCGAUGUGCCUAAUGGUUUGGCUGCCAUCUCAAAGGUCCCAGCCGCAGGAUGGGGUCAGAUCUUGGCCUACAUGGCUUUCUGCGAGGUCUCCCAGGAACAGACCCCAGGAAGUGCUGCGUAUGCUGGAGACUUUGGAUUCAAGGUGUUGACCUCUUCUGACCCGGCUGAAAAGACCAAAAAGCUUAAUGCCGAAAUCGCUAACGGAAGACUUGCGAUGAUGGCCAUCAUCGGCAUGUUUUUCCAGGAUGGUCUGACCGGAAGCGCCUGGGGAGACUGGGCCAACUACACAGCAUCUCCUUUGCGUGCCGAGUCCGCUUAGGUGCCACCAUUUUGGAUCGGACCUGCCGAACCGAGGAGAAAAGGGCCUGUUGAUCCACUGUUGGAACUGGUCAUUCAUGGAACGAGAUGCCAUCUGUGGGAGUGACUGCACUAAGUCACCACUUUGCAAAACGGGUGGUCAAGGUAGGCCUGGAAGGUGACGAAUCAUGGAUUGGUCAACC